AAAGGCGUUAACGUGGCCCACGCAGAAUUAUGGCUACAGCAAAGAAGGAGAUAUUUGUUAGCUAUGGAAGGGAAGAAGAAGUACAGGCAUUUGUGAUCCAGUUAAAACAUGACCUGGAAAAGAAUGGAUUUACUGUAUGGUUAGAUAUGGAAGACAUUACAGCAGGUAGUGAUUGGCAUGCAGCUAUUGGUUCUGGCCUGCAUCACUGUAAAGCUCUUAUAGCCGUCAUAACUAAGAAAUACAUACUCUCUCGCUACUGUACAAGUGAGCUGUAUACAGCUGAAGGUGAUUCAAAGGCCCUUUUUCCAGUCAUUUAUGAGGACGUGAGGUUUGAAGACUCAGAGAAAUCAAUGGGCGUCAAGUAUGUGAUCGGUGGAAUCAACUGGUUAUUCUUUAGACCCAAUGUUGAUGAUUACGCUACUUCACUGCUUAACCUUAUACAAGGACUAAAGAAACAAGGUUUAGGCAGUGAAGUUGAAGGAACAGACUCUGAAUCACAACUCAUUGGACAAAUGGAGCAACUAUCUGUUGGUGGUAACACUCCACCAAAACCAUCAGCUCCUCCUGUAGCUGUAGCACCUGUAACGACACCUCCCCAUCCUUCCCUUACACAUUUUUACCCUCACCAACCUCAUGCUUAUACUUCCCUACCUCGUCAGCCCUACACAUCUCCUUACAGUCAACCAUAUGGCUCACCAUAUCACCCCUCACCUCCUCAUCCACCCUAUCCUCCUUCUUAUUCUGUACCUGCACCAGGUUAUCAACCUUCUCCUGGUACCUACCCUCCUCCCACUGGGUAUCCUCCUACUACAGGACCCUACCCCCCGGCCAGUGGCCCAUACCCUCCUACCAGUGGUCCAUACCCUCCUACCAGUGGUCCAUAUCCUCCUACUAGUUACCCUCCUACUAGUUACCCUCCUCCUACUAGUGGACCGUAUCCUUGUACAGGGUAUCCUCAACCUCCAAUGGGUACUUACCCUCCAGCUGCUCCUCCAUCAUACACUGAUAUAUAUCCUCAUCAUGGAGGUCAUCCUGUUCCUCAUCCUCUUCCUCCUCCUGGUGGUGCUCAAGCUAUGCCCUUUCCUGUGAAGCCCCCAGUUCGUAAGCUUGAGGUUAACAUGAAACUUGAGGCAUUGGACAGGAGGUUCCCCUAUUACGUGUGUGUGGCAACCAUCAUACAAAAGAGAGGGAAUGAGGUUAAGAUACAUUUUGAUGGCUGGACUGAUGCUUAUGAUUACUGGUGUCCAACUGAUGCCAUUGAGUUGCAUCCAGUGGGCUGGUGUGAGAAAAAUAACUGGGAGCUACAGAAACCCAGAGGCAUGCCGUGGACUAAUUGGAAUAAAUACAUUACUGAUACACAAGCAGAACCAGCUGAUGAUCCAAUCUUUAAUGAGGUUCAAAAAGCAGGCACUGGUAGUUUACUGUUUCGUGUUGGAAUGAGACUAGAGGCUAAGGACCGUAUGAACCCAGAGCUCAUCUGUGUUGCCACUGUGAAAUCAAUAAAACCAAAUGGGGACUUGUUGAUUCAUUUUGAUGGAUGGAGUGACGGCUAUGACUACUGGUGUAAGCCAGAUUCAACUGAUAUCCACCCAGCAAUGUGGUGUAACAAGCAUAACAAGAAGGUCACUCCUCCUAAAGGUCACAUUGGGAAUUUCUUGUGGAAUACUUAUUUACAUGAUCCAGAUAUUAAUCCUGCCCCAGCUCAUAUAUUCACUGAGUUGCAGCUGGGUGUUGCCCCAUCAGGUAAUAGGAACCAGUUAAGAUUAUUCCGAGUUGGUAUGAGACUGGAAGCUAAAGACAGAGCCAAUCCUGCCCUCAUCUGUGUCGCUACAAUAACUGAUAUUAACAAUAAUAAAUUACUCAUUCAUUUUGAUGGCUGGUCAAACCGGUAUGACUACUGGUGUGAUCCGGAUACAGUUGAUAUUCACCCAAUAGGCUGGUGUGCUAGUAAAGGAAUACACCUUCAACCACCUCAUGGUCGGCAUGGUCGGUUUACUUGGGAAGUGUAUCUGCAGGAGGUUGGAGCAGAGAGAGUGCCAGAUGAGGCCUUCACACCAGCUCAAAGACAAUAAUAAUUAUUGUUAGCAGUUUACAAUGUCUCUUUAGGUACAUAUUUUCAUUACACACAAAUAUUUUUAACACUGACAGUACCUGUUGUUACUAUUAUUAGCAUUAAUUU